UGGUCACGUGACGACGAAGGCGGAACCGAGCACCAGGCUGGCCAAUAGGAAGCGGGAGCAGGGUCCCGGGACUAGAAGAAACGGCGGCCGGGAGGGGGCUCCGGGAUCAUGGGGCUUCUGACCAUUCUGAAGAAGAUGAAGCAAAAAGAGCGAGAGCUGCGGCUGCUCAUGCUUGGCUUGGACAAUGCUGGCAAGACAACCAUCCUCAAGAAAUUCAAUGGGGAGGAUGUGGACACCAUCUCCCCAACACUGGGCUUCAACAUCAAGACCCUAGAGCACCGCGGAUUCAAGCUGAACAUCUGGGAUGUGGGUGGCCAGAAGUCCCUGCGCUCCUACUGGAGGAACUACUUUGAGAGCACGGAUGGCCUCAUCUGGGUGGUGGACAGUGCUGACCGCCAGCGCAUGCAGGACUGUCAGCGAGAGCUGCAGAGCCUUCUGGUGGAAGAGCGCCUGGCUGGAGCAACCCUCCUCAUCUUUGCCAACAAGCAGGACCUGCCUGGAGCACUGUCCUGUAAUGCUAUUCAGGAGGCCCUGGAGCUGGACUCCAUCCGCAGCCACCACUGGCGCAUCCAGGGCUGCAGUGCCGUCACAGGGGAGGACCUGCUGCCUGGCAUUGACUGGCUCCUCGAUGACAUUUCCAGUCGUGUCUUUACUGCCGACUGAGCUGCUUCACUGUCCCCAGCUCACUGUCCAGGUCCCUGUCCUCAUCAGACACCAGCCAGAGGGAUGAGCACCAGCUGGCCAGACUAACACUCCCAAACCCACGGUGACCUGCUGCUGCUACUACUGCCCGUUGCUGCUCCCCCUGGGUGAGGGCUGUCACCCUGGCUCCCAAAGUGGCCUGCAGCUGCCGUGCCAAAAGGAAAGACUGGGCUGGGAGGGACUACCUGCUGCUGCCAGGGUCCUGGGGGUUGCCUUGCCUCUGUCCAGCAGUGAGAAUAAAGCACUCCUCACCCAG